AGCAUUGGUGAAGGUGAGCCGCCGGUCAGCAUCUGCGUUGUGCAAUGGUGAAGAGGUAUGCCCUGCUUGCUAGCAAGGCUUGCGAGUCUCGAGAAGCACAGCACAUUGAGCGGCAAGUCAUGCUCAGCGCUCCGUUGAAGGCUAUAAAGACACCAGUCUGAGCUUCCAGAUUCGACAAUUCCCUUACCACCCAUCACACUGCGCUACACUGCACUAUUCCGCAUCUCACCUCGCAUCGCUGCACAGCCCAAACGUUCCUACUCUUCAACCAUUCCAAUUCCAACCAUGCGCGUCUUUCUGACUGGAGGCACCGGCCUUGUAGGUCGUCACAUAGUCCCAGAGCUACUCGCGGCCGGGCACAGCGUGCUAGCUCUUUCCCGCAACGAGACAUCUCACGCCAAAUUGAAAGCCUCCGGCUGUUCCAUUCAUCCAGGAGACUUGACGAAUCUAGAAGCGCUCAAGACCGCAGCAGCCGAUCCUUCCAUCGAUGCCAUCAUCCAUACGGCAUUUGAUCACAACUGGAGCAACUUUGUGGCUAGUUGCGAGAUGGACAGAAAAGUCAUCGAAGCGAUCGGUCAUCGACUUGCAGAGCUCAAAUCUAGCAAACCUUUCGUCGUCACCUCUGGAACGAUGCUCAUCACGCCCACAUCCGGUAGCGAUGGCAAACUCCAGCCGGGCAAAGAGAGCGAUGCUUUCGAAGCUAAUUCCCCCACGCCCAGGAAGCAUUCAGAGGAGCUCUCCGACGCUCUGGCUGAGCGACACGGUGUGAACACCAUCAUUGUCCGUCUUUCGCCCAGCGUGCACAGCGGGCAAGAAGAUAAGCAAGGUUUCAUCCACAUCAUCACGAAGAUGUGCAAGGAGAAAGGCCAGGCAGCUUAUGCCGGCGAGGGCCAGAACCGCUGGAACGCCGUGCACGUCAAAGACGCCGCAGCUCUUUACAGGCGCAUCGUAGAGGUGGAGUGCGCCAAGGUGGAAUCUGGACAAACGACCUUUGCGCCUCAUCCUGCCAAGCGCGCCCAUGCCGUCGGAGAGCAGAGCGUUGCUUUCAAGGACAUUGCUGGCGCUAUCGGCAAGAAGAACAGUCUCCCAGUGGUCUCGCUCGAAGGCGAUGCUUUCGCAGCGCACUACAGCAUGUUCCAGUACUUUGUCGCCAAGGACAACCCAAUCUCGUCGCAAUACUCCGGCGUUACUUAUGGCUGGAAGCCCACUCAGAUUGGACUGUUAGAAGACAUUGAGAAGCACUACCCAGUCCUCUAAGCCGCUCGGGGUACUUCGCCGUUCCAGACUUUGCGCGGCUUUCAAUGUUGCUGAUGAGAGCCAGUGUCUGUACGAUGCGGCCGUGCCUGGAAUGAGCGCCUGCAAUCACUGUAUGCAAUUGAA